UCCUGCAGCAGGAAGCUGGCUCUCAGCACCCGGCAGGCGCCAGUUUGAGACGGCGGCUGGAGCGGGUGCGGGCCUUAUGGGCUGGCGGUCGAGGGGCCUCAGCAGCCCAGCUGCCUCAGGAGAGCCUGGGUGGGGAGACCCCAAACCUGUGGGUGUGUGAUGAGCGGCAGGCCCAGACUCCCUCCCAGGCUCAGACUCUUCCAGACACCAGGGGCCCUGGGAGCAGAGGGACCUGAGAGCAGCUUCCUCCUGCCUCCUGCUGACUGCCAGCCCCCUCUGCUAAUCCCGGCCUGCUGCACCCACCACUGAGAGUCCUCCAUCCCUCUAGGAUGGCUCCCCCACCAGCAGGCCCCCUCAUCCUGGCUCCUCCCCCUGAAGACUCAGGACCCAAUCUGGACAAUAGGUGGCUUUUCCUGAGUGCCAAUGUCCUGCCUGUGGUGGAGCGGUGCAUGAGCGCCAUGCAGGAGGGGACCCAGAUGGUGAAGCUCCGAGGCAGCUCCAAGGGCCUGGUCCGCUUCUACUACCUGGACGAACACCGCUCCUGCCUCCGCUGGCGGCCCUCACGCAAGAACGAGAAGGCCAAGAUCUCCAUCGACUCCAUCCAGGAGGUGAGCGAGGGGCGGCAGUCCGAGAUCUUCCAGCGCUACCCUGACGGCAGCUUCGACCCCAACUGCUGCUUCAGCAUCUACCAUGGCAGCCACCGGGAGUCACUGGACCUGGUCUCGCCCAGUGGGGACGAGGCACGCACCUGGGUCACCGGCCUGCGCUACCUCAUGGCUGGCAUUAGUGAUGAGGACAGCUUGGCCCGCCGCCAGCGCACCAGGGACCAGUGGCUGAAGCAGACGUUUGACGAGGCCGACAAGAACGGGGACGGCAGCCUGAGCAUCGGGGAGGUCCUGCAGCUGCUGCACAAGCUCAACGUGAACCUGCCCCGGCAGCGGGUCAAGCAGAUGUUCAGGGAAGCGGACACAGAUGACCACCAGGGAACGCUGGGCUUUGAGGAGUUCUGUGCUUUCUACAAGAUGAUGUCCACCCGCCGGGACCUCUACCUCCUCAUGCUGACCUACAGCAACCACAAGGACCACCUGGAUGCUGCCGACCUGCAGCGCUUCCUGGAGGUGGAGCAGAAGAUGAAGGGAGUGACGCUCGAGAGCUGCCGGGACAUCAUCGAGCAAUUUGAACCCUGCCCAGAGAACAAGAGCAAGGGGGUGCUGGGCAUCGACGGCUUCACCAACUACACGCGGAGCCCGGCGGGUGACAUCUUCAACCCAGAGCACCACGGCGUGCACCAGGACAUGACCCGGCCACUGAGCCACUACUUCAUCACCUCCUCCCACAACACCUACCUGGUGGGCGACCAGCUCAUGUCCCAGUCCCGGGUGGACAUGUACGCCUGGGUCCUGCAGGCCGGCUGCCGCUGUGUGGAGGUGGACUGCUGGGAUGGGCCUGACGGGGAGCCCAUUGUGCACCACGGCUACACUCUGACCUCCAAGAUCCUCUUCAAAGACGUCAUUGAGACCAUCAACAAAUACGCCUUCGUGAAGAACGAGUACCCGGUGAUCCUGUCCAUCGAGAACCACUGUAGUGUUGUCCAGCAGAAGAAGAUGGCCCAGUAUCUGACUGACAUCCUCGGAGACAAGCUAGACCUGUCAUCAGUGAGCAGCGAGGAUGCCACCAAGCUUCCUUCUCCCCAGAUGCUCAAGGGCAAGAUCCUGGUGAAGGGGAAGAAACUCCCAGCCCACAUCAGUGAGGAUGCAGAGGCGGGCGAGGUGUCUGACGAAGACAGUGCCGAUGAGAUCGACGAGGACUGCAAGUUCCUCAACGGGGACGCCUCUACCAAUCGGAAGCGCGUGGAAAACAUCGCUAAGAGGAAGCUGGACUCUCUAAUCAAGGAGUCCAAGAUACGUGACUGUGAGGACCCCAACGACUUCACCAUCUCCACACUGUCCCCAUCUGGGAAACAUAGACACAAAGCAGAGGCCAAAAAGAGCAAGGCCGAAGAGGACAUGGAGUCUGGGGAGGAUGCCGGGGCCAGCAGACGGAACAACCGCCUCCUCGUGAGCAGCUUCUCCAAGCGCAAGAAAAAGGGCGGCAAGCUGAAGAAGGCAGCCAGCGUGGAGGAGGGGGACGAGGACCUGGACUCCCCAGGAAGCCAGAACCGAGGGACAGCCCGGCAGAAGAAGACCAUGCAACUCUCCCGGGCCCUCUCGGAUCUGGUGAAGUACACCAAGUCUGUGGGCACCCACGACGUGGAGACCGAGGUGGUGUCCAGCUGGCAGGUGUCGUCCUUCAGCGAGACCAAGGCCCACCAGAUCCUGCAGCAGAAGCCCGCGCAGUACCUGCGCUUCAACCAGCACCAGCUGUCCCGCAUCUACCCCUCCUCCUACCGGGUCGACUCCAGCAACUACAACCCACAGCCCUUCUGGAACGCGGGCUGCCAGAUGGUUGCCCUGAACUACCAGUCAGAGGGGCGGAUGCUGCAGCUGAACCGGGCCAAGUUCAGUGCCAACGGCAGCUGUGGCUACGUGCUCAAGCCCCCGUGCAUGUGCCAGGGUGAGGCAGCGGGCUGCGGUGGGCUCCUGCCGGACCCCAGCAGAGGCGUCUUCAACCCCAACUCUGAGGACCCCCUGCCUGGGCAGCUCAAGAAGCAGCUGGCCCUGAGGAUCAUCAGCGGACAGCAGCUCCCCAAGCCGCGGGACUCCAUGCUGGGCGACCGUGGGGAGAUCAUCGACCCCUUCGUGGAGGUGGAGGUCAUCGGGCUCCCCGUGGACUGCAGCAAGGAGCAGACCCGAGUGGUGGACGACAACGGGUUCAACCCCAUGUGGGAGGAGACCCUGGUAUUCACGGUGCACAUGCCAGAGAUCGCCCUGGUCCGCUUCCUCGUCUGGGACCACGAUCCCAUCGGGCGAGACUUCAUUGGCCAGAGAACGCUGGCCUUCAGCAGCAUGCUGCCAGGCUACCGGCACGUGUACCUGGAGGGGAUGGAAGAGGCCUCCAUCUUUGUGCAUGUGGCUGUCAGUGACAUCAGCGGUAAGGUCAAGCAGGCUCUGGGCCUAAAAGGCCUAUUCCUCCGAGGCCCAAAGCCAGGCUCACUGGACAGUCAUGCUGCUGGGCAGCCCCCACCCCGGCCCUCCGUUAGCCAGCGGCUCCUGCGGCGCACGGCCAGUGCUCCAACCAAGAGCCAGAAGCCGGGCCGCAAGGGCUUCCCAGAGCUGGCCCUGGGCACGCAGGACGCUGGCUCGGAGGGGGCAGCCGAUGAUGUGGUACCCCUCAGCCCUGGUCCUGCUCCUGAGGCCUUGGUGUGCGAGGGGCCCAGCAGCAGCAGCCCGCGAGAUGCCUGCCCCUUCUCCCUGCAGCGGUCCAUCUCCCCCCUGUGCAGCCUGGAAACCAUUGCUGAGGAGCCAGCCCUGGGCCCUGGCCCCCCACCACAGGUGGCCAACUCCACCAGCUCCCGCAGGGAAGGGCCCCAGUGCCCUGCAGGACCCGGAGCCAAAGUGGUCAGAGCACCAAGAACAGCUUUGGGAGCUUCUGAGCCCCUCCAGCUCAGAACCAGGGACGACGGGAACAGUGAAGAGCCCCCCAGAAAGUCACACGAGGGCACCAGUGGGGCACGCCUGGGGUCCCCUGUCAGCCAGGCGCACAGCAAGAGCCACCCCCAGGCCCUGGGUCCCCUGCCCAUGGUCAGAAGAGCUAAGAGUGAGGGCCGGGUGCUGCUGGAGCCCCUGGGUCCCUGGCAGCCCCUGGCUGGGCCCUCCCCCACCCCAGCCGUACACUCAGACGCCACAGGCAGUGACCGGCUGUGGCAGCGUCUGGAGCCAGGCAGCCACCGUGACAGCGUGUCCUCGUCCUCCAGCAUGUCUUCCAGCGACACCGUCAUCGACCUCUCCCUGCAGAGCCUGGGCCUGGGCCGCAGCCGGGAGAGCCUCGCUGGGGUCCCGCUUGGACGGCUACCCCCACGGCCCUGCUCAGCCUCAGCUGCUGGCCCUGCUGACCUGCCUCCUGUGACCAAAAGCAGAUCAAACCCCAACCUGCGGGCCCUGAGUCAGCUGGCUCCCAUAUCCGACGGGCUGCGGCCCCGGCCCCUCGCCCCGCGCCCACCUGGCGUCCAGCCCCGGCCCCCCUGGGGCCGCCUCACCCUGGUGGGCUUGCAGGACUGCUCCGCCGCUGUGAAGUCCAAGAGCCUGGGGGAUCUGACUGCCGACGACUUUGGCCCCGGCUCUGAGGGCAGUGCCCGCAGCCUGAGCCACAGCCUCGGCGCCCCAGGCCGGGCUGGGCAGGUGCUGCGUCCAGACGCACUGACACAGCAGCUGCGCUGGCUCGUGGGCUGCGGGCAGGCCGGGGACACGGCAUCGCCCGCCAGUGUGGGCCCACCCGGGGAGGGGCCGGUGGGGUGCCCCGGCUUCCUGCGGCGGUCCUCCUCCCGCAGCCAGAGCCGCGUGCGGGCCAUAGCCAGCCGGGCCCGCCAGGCCCAGGAGCGGCAGCAGCGGAUGCGGGGCCUGGGUCCACGGGGACCUCCGGAGGAAGAGCGGGGCACUCCCGAGGGCGCCUGCUCCGUGGGCCACGAGGGCUUUGUGGACAUGCCCGCCCCCUCCAAGGGGGCCCUGGAGCAGGCGUCCAGUGCUGCUGACAGCCUGCUCCUGCUGCGGCUCUGACCUGGCCCUGUGUGGGCCCAGCUGCCCUCCCCACUGUCCACUGGGAACCCGAGGGACAGAUCGGAGUGCCCAGCAUUUGCUCAGGAAAUGGAGCAGCCAGGUCCUCAGCUGCUGCGUCCCCCUGGCUCCUGGGCAGAAGGGCCUGCAGCUGCCCAGGGCCCCAGCAGAAGCCUCGAGCUGGCCGUGCCGGCAGUUUCAGUUUGAGCUCUAGAGAUUUGCGUUUUUAGAAGUAAACUCGUACCACAUGAAAGUGA